AUGCUUAACGAGCUCAAGAAAUUGGCUUAAAAAAAGGAAGAUGCAAUUGAACGAUUUUAAGAAGGCAAGAAGAAGGUUAUGGUGAAAGAGAAUAGGAUAAUGAUGGUUUGA